AUGAGGCCGCACCUCCUCAGCCUCGCCCUGCUCCUGGCCGCCACGGCCACCGUGCCCCUAGCCUCAGCGGUGUGUGUCUCGCGGUACGAGAAGGCCGAAAGGAAGACAUUGGCCGUCGAUGAGUAUGCACCUACUACUAAGAAGGUUGACGAGAAGCCCAAGGAGGAGAAGCCCUAUGACUAUGAGGAAGCCACCUCAGCUAAGGCCUCCACCGCCGAAGAAGCUGAAGCAGCCAGCACCUCCACAUCGGAUGAGAAACCCGACAAAUACGAGGAGUCUUCAGCAUCUCCAGAGAAGGUAAAGAAGGAGAAAUCCAAAGAGAAGGGGAAAUCUGAUGAUUGGGAUGUAUCUGCGUUUCUCAAGAAGAAAAAGAAGGAGAAGGAAAAGAAGCAUGCUGAUUUGGAUGACUCUUUGGCAUCUCCCAAGAAGGAGAAAUCCGAUGAUUCUGACGAAUCCUCCUCCUCCUCGUCUUCCAAGAAGAAGAAGAAGAAGAAGGAGGAGGAGGAGGAGGACAAGUCUGACGGUUCCGACGAUUACGUAUCUCCUAAGAAGGAAAAGAACAAGUCUGAUGACUCAUACGAUGAUGAUGCAUCGUCUAAGAAGGAAAAGAAGGAGAAAAAAACCAAGAAAAAGGAGAAAUCCAAGGAGGAGAAACCUGAUGAGGAUGCCACGCCCGUCGACGUCUCCACGAACGGGGAGUACGUACCCCCCAAGGAGGACAAAGGCGAUGGGGAUGCAAGCAGCCAGCCCAUGGGCGGCAUGGAUGCUCCCGACGAGCUCCCGGCCGCUGCCAAGAGCUCCGCCUCCUCCGAUGCGUACGCAUCCCCUACGCAGCCCAUGGGGGGCAUGGACUCUCCCGACGAGCUUCCACCAUCGGCCAAGAGCUCCGCCAGCAGCCAGCCCAUGGGGGGCAUGGACUCUCCCGACGAGCUUCCACCAUCGGCCAAGAGCUCCGCCAGCAGCCAGCCCAUGGGGGGCAUGGACUCUCCCGACGAGCUUCCACCAUCGGCCAAGAGCUCCGCCAGCAGCCAGCCCAUGGGGGGCAUGGACUCUCCCGACGAGCUUCCUCCGUCGGCCAAGAGCUCCGCCUCCAAAGAUCCGUACGCCGGCCAGCCCACCGACCCGGCGAAGUCGUCGCUAUCGAUGGAGUCCUUCGGGGGAAUGAUCAAGACGACGCCGCCGAACAUUAAUAUGCUGAACCCGGUGAUCAAGCGCGUGUGCAGCAGGACGACGUACCCGUACGACUGCGAGGCGUCGAUCGCGAGCCUCCACGGCAACGCGAUGCCGGCGCAGCCAGGCGACGGCGAGGGCGUGCUGCGGCUGGCGAUGGAGGCGGUGCGGGAGAAGGUCAUCGUGGCGAUGAACGCGGCGACGGACCGGAUGAACACGCCGGGGAUUGAGGUGACGACCAAGGAGGCGCUCGACGACUGCACCCAGUCCUACAGCGACAUCAAGUCGAGCCUGGAGAACGUGGACGCUGCGCUCAAGCGCGGCGACAUGGCCACGGCGCGCACCAACCUCGACUCGGUGGAGACUGACGUGACCACCUGCGACGAAGGCUUCAACGAGCGCGGCACCCCGUCGGUCAUGACCGACCAUGACAAGGAGCUCCAGAAGCUCGCCAGCGACCUCAUAUCCAUCGGCGCCACCGCCAUCCGCCACUAGAGAGAGAGAUGAAGAAAGAAAUCAAGUGCGACUUGUUUCGAUGACUGCAGCUCAGAGGAUAUGGGACAGUACCUUAAUUAAUAUGCAGCUGCAUUAUU